UUGGUAAUGAAAGUGCAUGCGUGAUAUCGUCGAGAUUUAUCACAGCAGACGACGUGGUAUUCCCGGUGGAUACGAGAAACAUUUAAAAAAUCGUCUGUGUUCGUCAGGUUUUGUGUCAUGAUUAAAACGCGAAGUUUUAUAAUGUUCCUGAGCCCGUUUCACGCAUAAAGGAAAAUAAUGGAUCAUUUAAUUAUCUUGGUGGCUACAUUACAUUUAUUGUACUGUCCAUUCACAAAAGUGGAAGAAAGUUUCAACCUGCAGGCUAUGCACGACAUUUUAUACCAUGGUUUUAACCUAUCGGAGUAUGAUCAUCAUGAAUUUCCUGGAGUUGUGCCACGAUCAUUCGUGGGACCAAUUGUAAUAUCAGGCUUGGCAUCUCCAGUAAUAGCAAUUAUUAAUUAUCUGCAACUUAAUAAAUUUUGUGCUCAAUAUGUUGUAAGAGCAACAUUAGGCUUGUUAAUAAUAGGCACACUGAAACUAUACAAAGAUGCUUUACAAAGCAUAUUUGGUUUGCAAUUUACAAAAUGGUUAGUUGCAAUUACUGUAACUCAAUAUCAUUUUAUGUAUUAUCUAAGUCGUCCAUUGCCAAACAUAAUGACUAUGCCACUAGUACUACUGGCUUUAUAUGGAUGGUUGAAACAAAGUCACACGAUGUUUAUUUGGUCAUCUGCAGCAGCAAUAAUAAUAUUCAGAGCAGAACUUGCCAUGCUACUGGGAUUAUUUCUUUUGUACGAUAUAGCCAACAAGAAAUUAACCAUACUAAGACUGUUUAAAAUUGCGGUUCCGGCCGGUAUACUUUUUCUAAUGCUAACGGUCACGAUAGAUUCUAUAUUUUGGAGACGAUUAUUAUGGCCAGAAGGAGAAGUAUUUUACUUUAACACUAUCCUUAAUAAGAGCAGUGAAUGGGGUACAUCACCAUUCCUAUGGUAUUUUUAUUCGGCUCUACCACGUGGAUUAGGGUUAUCUUACUUUUUAAUACCUUUGGGUAUGUUAUGGGAUGCCCGAGUUCGGGCAUUAACAGUUCCUGGUAUUGCAUUUGUUGCAUUAUUCUCAUUUUUACCACACAAAGAAUUGAGGUUUAUCAUAUAUGUUUUUCCACUACUAAAUGUUAGUGCUGCAGCUGUUUGCCAUAGGAUAUGGGAAAACAGAGCAAAAAGUCCAUGGAAUGGAUUUUUGGCACUGAUCAUUUUAGGCCAUCUAGUUUUAAAUACUCUAUUUUCUAUGUUUCUUUUAUGUGUUGCUGGUUCUAACUAUCCUGGUGGUUUAGCCAUUGCUAAAUUACACAGACUUGAAAAAGAUUCUAUCAGUUCAGUGCAUGUACAUAUUGAUAUUCUAACUGCACAAACGGGAGUUUCAAGAUUUACACAAACAAAUAGUACAUGGAUUUACUCCAAACAAGAAAAUUUGACUAUUGAUAAUCCUGAAAUGCUUCAAUUUACACAUCUUUUAAUGGAAGCCAAAAGCAAAUAUUCGCCCAAUAUAAAACCAUAUCUUAGGACACAUGAUAUUUUGGAUUCUGUAGAUGGGUUUUCUCAUAUAGCAUUAAAUUAUAAUAUGUUACCACCAAUAAGAAUAAAGACUAGGCCAAUUAUAUUUAUCAUGAAAAGAAAGCCUAAUAUACGAUAUGAUCCCAAGAAAGCAACACUGCAGAUCUUGUUGAAACAGUCAAAUGAAAAUGCUACUGAAAAAAAUACAGAAAACAAGGACAUCAUAAAUGAUACUGUAAAAAAUGUGGAGCCAAUAUUGGAUGAAAUAAUGGAGUCAUUAGAACAAUUUGAAAAGCCAUUAAAUGUAUUAAAUGCAAAUAUAUUAGAUACAGAAAUAUCAAAAGAAGCUGAAUUAGAUAUAGAAAUGCCACAAGAAGAUGAAUUGGAUAAUGAAACAAUCGAUCCUACCGAACUCUUUGAAUCAUUAAAUACGGAACAAAUAUCUAACAAUUUAUCUGAAAAUAAUUUGCCAGAUUUAGACACAUCAAUUAACAAAGAAAACCUACAAACCAUACCAAAGCUACAAAAUGAUAUGUUUGAAAGCAAUAUUAAAUUACAAUCUGAUAUUGAAAAUGAUUCCAGUAUUAAUGAACAAAAAGUGGACAUAAAGGAAGAAAAAAAUGAAGAAACAGAAAUAAUUAACGAAAGAUUAAAACUUGAUAAUAUUCAGCAAGAUGGUAAUAGCCAUAUAAAAGAAGUUGUUAAAAAAAUUAUUCAAGAAAAAUUAGAGGCAGUUAAAUUAAGAAAAGAUACAGCAGAUGAAAAAACAUUACCAGAAAUACCGCAGAAAAUUAAAAUGAAAAAAAUAGUUCCAAUAAAAAUAGAGUCAUCGCAAAAAAUUAAAAUUAUAACAAAACAAGAUUUAAAAGAAAAAUAUUCAAUUACCCAAGAGUUAAAAGAGAAACCUGCAGUAAUUCAAGAGAUAAAAGAGAAACCUAUAGUAGUUCAAGAGAUAAAAGAAAAACCCAUGAUAAUUCAAGAGAUAAAGGAAAAAUCUAUGACAAUACAGAAGAUAAAAGAAAAGCCUAUGGUAAUUCAUGAAAUAACACAUCAACACAAAUCACUUAACAUGAGAGAAAGCAUUAGAAAUAUAAUCAAUCAAUUUAAGGAAUUUGAAAAAGAUUUUGUCCAUGAAGAUUCAGAAAUAGAUAAAAAGGAAUUAGAUGUUAAAUAUAUACAACCUAUAGAAAUAAGUACAGAAAGGACAGAAGAUUUAUUGACUAUAGAUACUACAACUAAAGAUGUAAAAACAAUCAAAGAUGCCAAAGAAAGCCUACGGGAUAUAAUCAAUCAGUUUAAACAAAUAAAAAGUGAAUUGACUUCGGAAGAAGAUGAUCUAUUUGAAAAAAUUGAAACUACGUAUAUGGAACGACCGAUUGCAGAAACAUUGAUGCAGUUUAGCGAAGCUUUAAAGAAUUUAAUACAACGAAGACAAAAAAGUAAAACAUUUGCUGUAAACAUUUUUGAGAAUGAAAAUGACAAAUCUAAAUUACAAACCUUACCGAAACUAGCAGUAGAAGAUCGGCAACUGCCAACAGAAUCUUCAAGAAAUUCAAAUAUUCAAAAUUCCAAUAAUGAAGAAAAGGUACAUAGUGCGGAAAAAACGAAAAAAAUCAGUGGAAAUAUUAAUGAAAAAGAUACCUCAAAUCCGGAUACAAAUAAAGUUUUACAAGAAAAAUAUUUUAUAACGAAUACCAAUAAUAAAAAUGUCAUCUUAAAUGCUCAAAAGUCUAGUAAUAAUAUUUUAAAUAAUAUAGUAAAUGCUUCCAACGAAAAAGAUAAGACGAUGCAGAAAAAAGAUGUCGGAAAUAGCUCAAACAAUUAAACAUGAGAACAACUCGUUAGUUUAUGCUUUUUAAUAAUAGAAUUAUAUAAUUACAGUAAUAUGUAAAUACGUUGUUCUGUGAUAACAAAAAUGUAUAUCUUAAUUAAUGCUCGUGCAUUACCAACACGGAAAAAAGACGAUAUUUAUUUUUUUCUGUGUUACUGUCUGAAAUAUCAAAAAAACAUUGAAAAAUGAUAAAGCAUUUGUUUAAUACAUAGUAUCACAAAUGUGCCACAAUUGUAAUUUUGUACUAAUUGUAAUUAUGUACUUAUGUAAAGAGAAAAAAUCAAAUGGUAAAAAUUUACAUAUUUAAUAUU